AUGGUGACGGUUUUAACAGAGGAGGAGACAAAAUGUAACGUAAAUUUUUACAAAUUAAUUAAAGGAGAUUCUGUGAGGAAAGACGCAGUUGAAGAUUUGAUUAAUCAGAGCAGGGAUUCUUUAAGGAGGGCCAAGAAAGAGGUGUACAACAAGUGCACAUCUGGGUUGGUUAGCGACAUGAAGAGGGAGUAUUCGGUCGAAGGGAGGGAGAAGAAGAAGAUGAAGAAUAGUAAAGCCCCCCUUUGGAAGCGGAUAAGGGAAAAACUAGGAUUCACAAAGGCGCGAUAA